AUGGCUAAAAGAGAUGGAUUUUUAGAAUUCAGAGGUGAAACAUCUAAAAGAGUUCAUUAUUCUUUGGUAGAACUAAUGGAUAGAAGGCUGUGGGAGGCUGCUCAAAAAGGAGAUGUUCAUCACUUUCAAAGCUUGAUCAAAGAAGAUCCUCUUUUGCUCAGGGAAGUUUCAUUAGCAGGUAGUGAAACUCCUCUGCAUAUUGCUUGUUCGGGUGGCCAUCUUGAGUUCACCAAAGAGAUCAUUCAUCUGAGGCCAGAAUUUGCAAGAAAACUAAACCAGGAUGGUUUCAGCCCUUUGCAUAUUGCCUCAGCAAAUGAGGAUAUAGAGAUUGUGAAGGAGCUCUUGAACGUUGACCGUAAUCUAUGCCUUAUCAAGGGGAAGGACAGAAGAAUUCCCCUUCACUAUGCAGUAAUCAACGGCAGAGAAAAUGUCAUGAAGGAGCUUCUUGUGGUUUCUCCAGACUCAACAGACGAAGUGACUGCUCGUGGCGAGACUUGCCUUCAUUUAGCUGUCAAGAAUCAUCAGUUUGAAGCAUUUAAAUUUUUACUUGACAACCUCAAGGAUUUAAACAAGUAUGGUCUUUUAAACAAGAAGGAUAUCCAAGGAAACACUGUUUUGCAUCUUGCUGUGUCAACUAAGCAAUACGAGGUUGUUAAUAUGUUGCUGGAUGAGAAUGUUGUUUGUAAGGGCACAAUUGAGAUGAAUUCUUUGAACAAGAAAGGCCUUACACCUUUGGAGGUACUAUUAGAGGAAUGUGGAGAUAGAGAUAUUGAGGAAAUUCUAAGAGCAUCUGGUGCUUUAUCUGCUGAAAACUUGCAAGUUUUGGUUGUUCCAGUUCAAGAUCCAUCAAAUGAACAAUCCAGCAGAGAGCAAAGAAGGGACCAGCGUCGAUCUAAUUUUAAUAAGUAUUUCUUCGGGUUCAAUAAAACCAGAGAUUGUCCAGGAAAAGUAAGCGACACUAUUCUUGUGAUAGCCAUUCUAAUUGCAACAGCAACUUUUCAAGCAGGUUUCAAUCCACCAGGAGGCUUAUGGCAGGACACUUACUGGCCUGACGACAAUAACAACAGUACUAGUUAUGAUGGCAUAGUAGUAGUGCCCCUGCGGCAUUUCGCAGGACAGUCAGUGAUGGCUACCAGCAAUCCUGUUUUCUAUGGCUUCUUCUUGGUUUUCAACUCCCUCGGAUUUUUUGUAUCCUUCUACAUGAUAUGUUUUCUUACAAUAGGAUUUCCUUUUCAAUUAGAACUGCAUAUCUCACUUUCGGCCUUGGGGGUAACCUAUUUUAUUGUGAUAGUUACCACAUUACCUUUCUGUGGAAUUUUUUUCUUCUUUUUUAUCUUUUUCUUAGUCUUUUUAGCACCGUAUCCCUUCAUUUCAGGGGCGUUGAGAAACUAUUGCAAGAAACCUAGAAUCUUGUCAUGAUUUAUAAACUAGACAGCUACUUGAACAGCAUCUUC